AUGGUCAAUUUGGACGCGAGCGCGUCUUCUCGACGACGCGUCUCAUACCAUUUGGACGACGACAACACAGUAUUGAUACCACAGGAUAUUUAUCAUGAGCUUUUCCGCGGACAGGAUGGCAUCGACGAUGCCCUCAAACGACGACGUGUCUCGGUAGUAGAGAGCGAAGAGAGCGAAUCUGCUCCUUCAUCAGACCCUCCGCCAUCAGACGUCGCCGUAUUCUCUGACGAAAAUGUUCCACCUUCAACACCACCCUCAUCACCACCCAGUCUUGCCAUCUCUCCAAAAGCUGUGCCUCCGAAGCUACGACUUUCUAAAAGCGAUCCCGAGAGAUCUGCACCAACUGCUAAACCUGCUCUGAAAACCUCAAAAUCACUCGUCCAGAUGCAACUCAAUUUCGGCCAGUCCAUGCGCAAGACCUGCAAAGAGUGUCGCAUGGAGUAUGUGCCUUCAGCUCCAGAAGACGUUUCUCUUCACAAGAAGUUUCACGCUCAACACGUCAAUGGUGUCUCUAUGGACCGAGACUUUCUUACCAAAGUCAAGUCUGAGAAGGCUGUAUGGCAUGGACCGCAAGGAGACUUUGUCAUAUCCCUCAGUGGCUCUCAGGAUCCAAGACACUGGCUGAAGAAGGCUCGCGCUGUAUUCGACAUGGCAACAGCUGAUUUGGGCGCUGUGGACAUUCCUGAUGAAAAGUUAUGGGGACCACAGUUCGCUGCAUCAAGUGCUCGAAACAAAGCGCCUGACGCAAACGAAGAGAAGAAGGACAGAUACAAGCUGUAUCUCUACAUGGGCAAUGGCAGAUGCGUAGGACUCUGUCUUGCGGAAGGGAUCGAGAAGGCCUUCAAGGUGGUCGAGCCAAAGAAGAAGGUGGAGAUAACGAAAGAAGGGGAGGAUCGGGAAACAGAGGAAGAGAAGAGGGCGCCAGACUCGGCAGACAUGCGGUCAAGUGAGCUGCUCUCGGUCAUUCAAGAGACAGACGAAGCAGCCAUUGGCAUAUCUCGAAUCUGGACGUCUCGAGGGUCGAGGAAGAAGGGCAUUGCCAGGGCACUGUUGAAGUGUGUUGCAAAGACGUUCCUAACCAAGGUUACACGCAAAGACAUGGUUGCCUUUAGUCAACCUACCGAGAUGGGCACAGCCCUGGCGAGACGAUGGUUUGGUCAAGAGUACGGAUGGCAUGUAUACAUUGAUUGA